UCUCUCUCUUUUCCACGCACACACACUCACACACACUCCCAUACACAUUCGCACCAGCUGUGCUGUUGUCAGUCUUGGAAUGUAAGCACUGCCGUGAGGAGUCAGAGUCUCCACCGCUAAGCACUGCUAAGGAGUAGGAACACAGUACCGUGCACUCAGUGACACAGAUGGAUGCUAAGCUGUGAGAAUCAAAGGGAUCUAAAGGAGAUCAAAGAAAGGAAUACAAUGUCUGUUCUGAUGACACCACCUUCCAGUGCUGAUCCUCUCAGAAGCUUAUCACCAUAAUUCAGAAGUCAUUCAGGACAUUUCCCAGCUGAUUGGAUACCAUGAUAACCAAUCAAGUUCUGCUGCUCCUCAUGCUCUCUAUCCUCUGGCCCACUACUGCCCUUCCUUUUGCGCCUGGGAAUAUUGGGAAUCUGUUUGGGAUGCCAGAGAGUGAUGGUAAGAUUCUUCAGCGGUCCAAACGUGGAUGGAUGUGGAAUCAAUUCUUUCUGCUCGAGGAAUAUACAGGAAACGACCAUCAAUAUGUUGGCAAGCUGCACUCUAACAUGGACAAGGGCGAUGGCAACGUGAAGUACAUCCUGACUGGAGAUGGGGCAGGCACCUUGUUCCUGAUUGAUGAGAAGUCUGGGGAUAUUCACGCCACAAAGAGGCUGGACAGAGAAGAAAAAGCCAUGUACACACUGAACGCAAAGGUUCUGGACAGAAACACCAAUGCAGAGCUGGAGCCUGACACUGAAUUUAAUAUCAAAAUUCAUGACAUCAAUGACAACGCCCCAAAGUUUGCAAAGGAAAUCUACUUUGCUAGUGUGCCUGAAAUGUCUGAAGUGGGUACAUCUGUUGUCACUGUAACUGCCACUGAUGCUGAUGAUCAAACAUAUGGGAACAGUGCCAAGCUUGUGUAUAGCAUUCUACAGGGACAGCCCUACUUCUCUGUGGAUUCUGAAAAUGGCACGAUAAAGACAGCUCUCCCUGGUAUGGACAGAGAAGUCAAGGAAAACUACCAGGUUGUGAUCCAGGCUAAAGACAUGGCUGGGCAGAUGGGAGGGCUUUCAGGAACCACUACAGUCAGCAUCACUCUCUCUGAUGUAAACGACAGUCCGCCUCGCUUUGCGAAUCAUUCCUUCCGUGUGACUGCUGUCGAGUCCACAGUGAUUGGAGCUGCUAUUGGGCGAAUUAAGGCUGAUGAUCCAGAUGUGGGCCGUAAUGCUGAGAUGGAGUACACCAUAGUUGGUGGUCAUGACAUUUUUAAUAUUAUCACUGACCAAAUCACACAGGAGGGAGUCAUCAUAAUAAAAAAGCCACUGGAUUAUGAAACUAAGAGGGACUACGAGUUCAGAGUGGAGGUGAAAAAUACCUACUUGGAUGCAAGGUUCAUCCAUGGUUUGCAAUUCAAAGACUACGCCACGGUCAAGGUAACGGUAGAGGAUGUGGACGAGCCCCCAAUUUUCACCAGGAACCCUUACAUCAUCGAGGUGCACGAGGACACGGCUGCUGGCAGCUUCGUUGGUGUGGUAUCAGCCAGAGACCCAGAUGCUGACAACAAGCCAGUCAAAUACUCCAUUGAUCGACACACAGAUCUGGAGAGGCUGUUCAACAUUGAUUCUGUGAAUGGGACCAUCACAACACUGAAAGCACUGGACCGAGAAACAUCCAAAUGGCACAACAUUUCUGUGGUGGCUACAGAAAUAAAUAAUCCACGUCAGACAACUCGAGUGCCAGUGUUCAUCAAGGUGUUGGAUGUCAAUGACAACGCCCCCGAGUUUGCCAUGUCCUACGACACAUUUGUCUGUGAGAAUGUCAAGGCAGGACAGUUGAUUCAGACAAUAAGUGCUGUUGACACAGAUGAACCUCUCGUGGGACACAAGUUUGUGUUUAGUAUAAGUCCCACCAAUCCCAAUUUUACCAUUGAUGACAGGGAAGAUAACACUGCCAAUAUCCUGACACGGAGGGGAGGUUUCAGUCGCCGUGAGAUGAGCAUGUACCUCUUGCCUGUAGUGAUCUCUGACAACGACUACCCCAUUCAGAGCAGCACCAGCACACUGAUCGUGCGCGUGUGUGCUUGUGACAGCCGUGGAAACAUGCAGUCGUGUAACCCUGAGGUCUUGCCCUUCUCAGAUGGUCUCACAACUGGAGCUCUAGUGGCCAUACUGCUCUGUGUCAUCAUCCUUCUCAUGAUUGUGGUGCUGUUUGCUGCCCUGAGGAGACAGAGGAAGAAGGAGCCUCUGAUCAUCUCCAAAGAGGAUGUCAGAGACAACGUUGUCAGCUACAACGAUGAAGGGGGUGGAGAGGAGGACACUCAGGCCUUUGAUAUUGGCACGCUGCGCAACCCAGAGGUGAUGGAUGCUAACAAGCUACGCAGGGACAUCAUACCCGAAAUGCUGUUUCCCUUUCGGAGGACAUCACCUAUAAAGGAUAACACGGAUGUCAGGGACUUCAUUAAUGGGAGGCUUCAGGAGAAUGAUUCAGAUCCAACAGCACCCCCUUAUGACUCCCUGGCCACGUAUGCUUAUGAGGGCACUGGGUCACUGGCAGAAUCCCUCAGUUCCCUGGAGUCCGCUGCCACUGAGGGGGACCAGGAAUAUGAUUACCUCAGCAACUGGGGACCACAAUUCAAAAAGUUGGCAGAGAUGUACAUAGGGAAGAGCCCUGGCAGAGAAACUUAGACAAAGAUAGUCUCUCUUUUCCAAGUCCAUGCUUCUCUGUCUGUUUAUCUAGCUAUCUGGCUAGCCAGCUAUUUGUCUAGUCAGUUAGCUAGCCAGCUAGUUGACUGUCUGUCUGCCUAUCAAGCUAUCUAUCUGUUUGUCUAGUUUGCUAGCUAGCUUGCUAGUUAACUAGUUGUCCAUUUGAUUCUCAUAAAUGUGUGUGCAGGCACAAAAAUAAACAGACACACAGACACACACACACACACACACACACACACACACACACUUAAACAAAAAUCACUGCUAUCCACAUGUGGAUGCUAAAAUGAAAAUUAAGACUUGAACUGUGCAGAAUUUUCUCUUAAUGGAGAUACAGUAUAAAUCUCAAAGUUUUACUGUUUUUGGUCAUAAUCAGUAAAGAUGCCUUUGAAUUUUAGGAUUUUUUGUGAACAAUGAUGUGGACAAUGUGUUUUGUAAUUGACAUGAGCGAUAGUAGUAUUGUAUACUAUCAAUGUUUAAUGGUACCGGACUGGGUUUGGGUGGGAUAGGGAUGGAGUCGAAUGGCUUUUCGAGCCAGCUCCAUUAAAUACUGUACAUGUACAAAAUGUUUUUAACGAUGGACAUCCUAUAUACUAUUUGCUAUAUCUGUUUGACAAGCAAUGUUCAUGUGAAUGGUUGGUGCAGUUUAUUUGUCAAACUGUGAAUUCAUUUCAUCAUAUAGGUGUAACAUGUAAUGGAAAGUGUAUGUUGUAGAAAACUGUCAUACACUGAAUUCAUGCUGUUUGAAUGCUGAGUCAUAUUGUUUUAUAUUUAUAUUUUUAUACUUAUUUUCUUAAUAAAACAAUGUAAAAAAGAAACCACACAUUUCCAGUUACGUAAUUUCAACUAAUGUGGUUCAUUAAACUGCUUUUGUGAUGAAAUACAGAAAUAACCA